AAGUAAAAACAAAAAUCAAAUCUAAAUAUACAAUAAUAAGUUAAACGCACGCAAACCCAAAUUGGCUUUUGCGAGUGAUGAAAAACACAGAAUCGCGUUUGCGACUGAGGAAUGAGUUUCCUGCAGGGUAUCGUUGAUUCCUUCAACUCCAUCUUCAUACCCGAUAACAACAAUUAUCACGACACCAAUUCUCCUUCUUCUUCUUCUUCCUCAACGAAUCGAAUGGAAGCUUCUCCUCCUCCUCCUCCUCUUCCUCCUUCGGUUUCGAACGAGCGCGUUGCCUACAAGCUCAAAGGCUACUUCGAUUUGGCGACGCAGGAGAUCGCGAAGGGCGUUAGGGCUGAGGAAUGGGGCUUGAUCGACGAUGCGCUUCUCCACUACCGUAACGCGCACUCGAUCCUCCUCGAAGCUAAUUCAACUCCCGUUCCGUCCUACAUCACUUCCAGUGAACAGCAGAAGGUGCAAUCUUAUCGAGAGAAGAUAUCCAAAUGGCAGAGUCAGGUUUCUGAGAGAUUGCAGACUCUCGCUAGACGAGCUGGUAGCUCAUCUGCUAAUCAGAGCACCUCAAAACUUGCCCAAACUGUGGCAGUUCCGAUUAAGCCAUCAAGUACUAGAAAAAAUGUGUUACAAAAGCCCCCUCAAAGAACAGGUCAGGUGAAUAAAGUUGGAAGCCCAAAAUCUAGUCAAGGGUCUGGUGUAAAUUAUGAUGACAAACUAGUUGAAAUGAUUAACACUGCCAUAGUAGAUAGAAGUCCUUCUGUUAGAUGGGAAGAUGUUGCUGGGCUUGAAAAGGCAAAGCAAGCUUUAAUGGAGAUGGUUAUUUUGCCAACUAAGAGAAGAGACUUGUUUACGGGUCUUCGAAGGCCAGCCAGAGGUUUGCUUCUCUUUGGUCCCCCUGGUAAUGGAAAAACAAUGCUUGCCAAAGCAGUGGCUUCAGAAUCACAAGCAACAUUUUUUAAUGUCACAGCAGCUUCCUUGACAUCAAAAUGGGUGGGUGAAGGUGAAAAGCUUGUCCGGACACUAUUCAUGGUAGCUAUAUCCAGACAGCCAUCUGUAAUUUUCAUUGAUGAGAUUGAUAGUAUAAUGUCAACAAGGUUGGCAAAUGAGAAUGAUGCCAGCAGACGAUUAAAAUCUGAAUUUCUUAUCCAGUUUGAUGGGGUGACCUCCAAUCCUGAUGAUAUUGUGAUUGUAAUUGGUGCGACAAAUAAGCCACAAGAAUUGGAUGAUGCAGUUCUUAGGAGACUGGUAAAGAGAAUAUACAUACCUUUACCAGAUGAAAAUGUUCGGAAGCUACUGCUAAAACACAAACUCAAGGGUCAAGCAUUCUCCUUACCUAGUAGAGAUCUAGAGAGGCUUGUAAAGGAGACCGAAGGAUAUUCUGGCAGUGAUCUACAAGCCUUGUGUGAAGAAGCCGCAAUGAUGCCCAUUAGAGAGCUGGGUGCUGACAUUCUUACUGUUAAGGCUAAUCAGGUAAGAGGACUGAGGUACGAGGAUUUUAAGAAGGCAAUGGCUACCAUUAGGCCAAGCUUAAACAAAAGUAAGUGGGAAGAGCUUGAGCGUUGGAAUGAGGAUUUUGGUUCUAAUUGAAGUCAUAUUCUGAUGCAUAUAUAUGCAUGAAAUAAAAAAUAAAAAUAAAAAAAAACUGUGUACAUAACUGAAAUUAGACUAGACGAAGGCAUCAAGGUCAGUGGCUAAAAUAAUUCUAGCGGCUAGCCUUAAAUGACUGCCUUUAUUUAUUUUAACAUUUAUUCUUUGUAUAUCUUUCUGAGAUUACCAUAUUUAGGAAUUGUAAAUCCCUUCCCCCGGGGGUUUUCUGGGAAGAAAAAAGAUUGAUAAAUUGCCCUGGAAAUGAGGGGAGAAAAAUAUUCAAAAGAAGGUUUUUUUUUUUUUUUAAACAUGGCAGUAUAUGAAUUUUCAAGCUUUUAAA